AUGGAUUUCUGGGUAGCGCUGCAAUUGCGAACAGCUCGUGCGUCUGGUUGGCGUGAUGAGCUCACAGCUCAUCUUGAAGCGUCCCGAUUUUGUUUCCCGACGGAUGUUGUCGAUUCAGUGGCAGGGAAUGAAGAAAUUUUGCGGAUGCAAUUGGAGCACGAGGCAAAGUACGACAAACGACCUCAUAAUCGACGAGUCAAUUAUUGGCGGAAGAUGUCUAUCAAAUAUCCGUUCUCGUUCGAAUAUGCCGAAUUGGUUGGAGACUGGCUGGCAGCAAAGGUUGGAGCUGUUGUUGAUUGGGGCGAUUGUUCAAUGCAAGAAGGUUGA